UUUUGAAUAAAACGAAGGUAAAAAGGGACAGAUAAUCCUAACCGGCUUAUGUAGCUUGGAGAAUAAAUAAAAAUGAAAAUUACGCCAAUAAGUGAAGAGAUAAAACAUUUCUGCGAUUGUUUUUGUAUCAAUAAUACUGUCUAUCGUCAGUUUUACUGGAUUUUCUCAAGAUGAUAGUCACAAAUUCUCCACAAUUUCUGCGGUGUGCCAAAAUUUCUUCUACCAUCCUGCGAUUGAGCUCUUCCUGGUGGUCAGAUGUGAAAUUAGCUCCCCCUGAUCCAAUUUUUGGGAAAAUUGAUGCCUUUGCCCGUGACAGAAAUCCUCGGAAAGUGAAUUUAGGCAUUGGGAUUUACCGAGAUGAUGAUGGAAAGCCCUACAUUUUGCCAAGUAUUGCGAAAGCAGAGCAACGAGUGGUUGAAAAGAAACUCAACAAGGAGUACCUUCCCCACACGGGUUGUCCUAAUUUUACUAAAUUAGCCACUGAAUUAGCUUUUGGUGAAGAUAAUCCUAUCUUGAAGAAUGGAAGAUAUGCUACUUUUCAGAGUAUUAGUGGUACUGGAGCUCUACGCCUUACAGGAAUGUUUCUAAAGAAUUUUUUUCCUGGUCAUAAGGAAAUCUAUCUACCGGAUCCUUCAUGGGGAAAUCAUGAGAAUAUCUUCAGAAAUUCAGGAUUGAAAAUUAAUUCUUACAAAUAUUUCGCACCAGGAUGUUUCACUUUCAAUGAGGAGGUUGUUUAUGAUUCUAUCAAUAAAAUCCCAGAGAAAUCUCUCCUUCUUUUUCAUGCCUGUGGCCACAAUCCCACAGGAAUUGAUCCUUCACCCGAACAAUGGAAAGAACUCUCUAAACUGGUAAAAAGAAGGAAACUUCUCCCUGUAUUUGAUCUUGUGUACAUGGGCUUUGCGAGUGGAGACAUAGACCGAGAUGCUUUUGGAAUAAGACAAUUCGCAACGGAUGAGCAUGAGUUUAUCGUGACACAGAGUUUUGCAAAAAAUAUGGGUAAUCUUAUCUCAGUAUAUUUUUUGCUUCUCUCAAUUGAAAUAAUUUUUUUCGAAGGUCUUUACGGCGAGAGAGUAGGAGCUGUAACAUUUAUCACCAAGACUCCGGAUCAUACAUCACAAAUUUUAUCUCAAGUCGAGGGAUUCGUUAAGGGACUAUACUGGAGUCCACCAAAUCAUGGCAUUAGGAUUGCCACGGAAAUCCUGAGUGAUAAAGAAUUAUGUGCUGAAUGGAGAGCAGAUGUGAAGAAAAUGACGGAGAGAUUAACAACUGCUCGACAUUCUCUGAGGCAACAACUGGAGAAAUGGGGCUCAUCUCGAGAUUGGAAACAUAUUACAGAUCAUGUUGGAUGGUUCACUUACUCCGGAUUGAAUUCCUUAGAGUGUGAGUGUCUUACAAAUAAAUACAGCGUGCACAUCACAAAAGACGGAAGAAUGGCUCUCACUGGUGUUAAUCCUGGAAAUGUGGAGUACUUAGCAUUUGCUAUUCGAGAAGUUACGAAUUAAAUAACAAAUAAGUCUCAAAA